AUGAUUUCCUCAAAACCUCUGUUCCCUUUAGGUUUCUUCCUCAUCUUCCUCUUCCCUCUCCUGCACGCCUCAAACCCUAAAAAAUGUUCAUCUUCUUUCUAUCGGCCACAUAGAUGUGGACCAUUAGAAUCCCCCAUACGUUUCCCUUUCUGUGACCAUCCAGGAUUCAAUCUCCACUGCACCGAUCUCAACGAGACAGUCCUAGAACUUCCUAUGUCUGGAACAUUUCUUGUCCGUGAUAUCAACUAUGACAAGCAGCAUGUUUAUAUCAGUGACCCGGAAAACUGUUUGGCUAAACGGCUUUUAACCUUGGACUUGUCAGGAUCUCCUUUUUCUCCUCGUUUCAGUAUCUUCUACACGUUCUUUUCUUGUCCUAGUGAUGUCGUCUUGCCUUCUUCGUAUCAGUCCAUUCCUUGCCUAAACAAUUCUACAUCAUCCUUCUUCGCCACGUCUAAUUAUGUUUCCGUAGAGCUCAUGUUUCCUUCUUGUCAGAUCGUGAAGAAAUUACGUGUCCCGCAUAGUUUACCGUUCGGAGACAUAGAAUUCUCGAGUUACGUUAACAAUCAAAGCAUCAUGCUCGAAUGGGUCUCACCAAAUUGCAGAAAUUGUGAAAUGAAUUACUUGAGAUGUGGGUUCAAGAAGUCAUCCGUUGACAUCACAUGCCUUGGUGCAAAAAAACCCGGUCACUUGAGUAGUGGAGUAUUAGCAGUAAUUAUAAUCUUCUCCAUAAUGGGAGCAGUCACUCUCUUUGGAACUUGUAUUGCUAUCCGCAUUUACAACUCUCGGAGGUUCAAUUCCCGGAGACGAUUAGGGAACUCGGCCAUUGCAGCAACUGUAAGGCAGCAACCAAGAGAGAUUAUGGCGGCGGCGAGGGGUCUUGACCAGUCUACAAUAGAAACAUACAAGAAAGUUGAGUUGGGAGAAAGUAGAAGGCUUCCAGGGAUUAAUGGUAUUAUAUGUCCGAUUUGUUUAUCGGAAUAUGCGAGCAAAGAAACCAUACGAUUCAUGCCAAAGUGUGAUCAUUGCUUCCACGUGGAAUGUAUUGAUGUGUGGCUUAAGAUUCACGGUUCAUGCCCUCUUUGCCGGAACUCGCGCAAGUGA